AAGCCCCCUCGUGAACUUGCUGGUGAUAUCGCUAUCGCAAGUACCAGGUGACUUUCGUCGACUCAUACCAUCACGUGAUCCUGAAUGACUCACCAAUACAGAGCUCUACAUUCCUUAGUUACUCAAUUCAACCCCUCCAGAUACCCCAUAUACCCCCGCCAGAUACGAACGCAGUCAUCAUGGCAUCCGGAAAGACGCCUGCAGAGAACAUGCUUUGGGGCGGCCGCUUCACAGGCGGCCUCGAUCCCCUCAUGCUCAAGUACAAUGCGAGUAUAGGAUACGACAAGCUCCUGUUCAAGGAGGAUAUCCUCGGCAGCAUUGCCUUUGCGCGCGCCAACGCCAAGUCCGGCAUCAUCACCAACACCGAGUUCACCGAAAUCGAGAGAGGACUCCGGGAGGUGCAGAAGGAGUGGGAGGCUGAUACCUUUGUCAUCAUGCCCAAUGACGAAGAUAUCCACACUGCCAACGAGCGCCGGCUCGGCGAGAUCAUCGGCAAGGACAUUGCCGGCAAGCUGCACACGGGUCGCAGCCGCAAUGAGCAAGUCGCCUGCGACAUGCGUCUGUGGCUGAACAACCAGAUCAAGGAGAUCGAGAGCCACCUGGUCGCCUUUAUUGAGGUGAUUGCUGCCCGCGCUGAGGCCGAGGUUGGCAUUCUUAUGCCUGGAUAUACCCACCUUCAGCGUGCCAUGCCGGUCCGGUGGUCGCAGCACCUGCUGUCAUAUGGCUUCGCCUUUCAGAGUGAUCUCGACCGUCUGCGCGAGGUUUCGAAGCGCGUGAACAGGAGCCCCCUCGGCGCUGGUGCUCUCGCCGGCAACGGCUUCAACAUCGACCGCGAUAUGAUGGCCGAGGAGCUUGGCUUCACAGGCCUUCUGUGGAACUCCAUGGGCGCCGUUGGCGACAGAGACUUCGUCACUGAAUUCCUGCAAUGGGGUAGUAUGUUCAUGCAACAUACCUCUCGCUGGGCCGAGGAUCUUAUCCUGUACUCCUCUUCAGAAUUCGGCUUCAUCUCCAUCGCCGAUGCGUACUCCACUGGAAGUUCGCUGAUGCCGAAUAAGAAGAACCCCGAUGGCUUGGAGUUGUUGCGCGGAAAGGCUGGCCGAACAUUCGGCCACAUGGCCGGCCUGAUGAUGACCCAGAAGGGUCUCCCCAGCACAUACCAAAAGGACUUGCAGGAGAGUUGGGAACCCAUGCUGGAUCACGUCAAGACCAUCUCGGACAGUCUUCAGAUCGCACAGGGUAUCCUCGUCACUCUGACCGUCAGGCCAGAGCGUAUGAAGGCUGCCCUGGACCCCUUCAUGCUGGCCACCGAUCUUGCCGAUUAUCUCGUACGAAAGGGUGUCCCCUUCCGCGAGACGCACCACAUCUCUGGGCGCUGCGUCGCCGAGAGCGAGAAGCGCGGCAUCCCGAUGAACGAGCUCUCGCUGGAGCAACUGCAGGCUAUCGACAGCCGAUUUGGGGAGGACGUUGCGCAGACUUUCGACUACGAGAGGAGUGUCGAGAUGAGGGCGUCCAAGGGAGGUACGAGCCGGGCGAAGGUUCUGGAACAGGUCCAGGUUCUUAAGGGCAUGCUUGCUUAGAGAGGUGUUUGAUAGCAGAGACCCAAAAAGGGCAGUUUCUAGAGGGAUUCAAAAGGCGUAUUGGUAGAAAGGUGUUAGGUUCCGAAGUAGCCCGUCGGAGGCACUAGAAGGGUGAGGUGGUUUAUCAAGGCGAUUAUGAGCGAGCGUGAUCAAAGACUGAGCAAGGGCGGCUCCGCCGACUUGGCUGGCCUGGGCCAAUCCUCGUCCAGUUUUCGUCUGGUUCUCAAAGGAUAGAAAAAUAAAAUAAACAGAACUGCAUACUUAUCAAACAACCACGCUAUUGAAGCAUCAACCAAUUGCUAUAAACACUGUCAAGAUGACCGACGAGAUCUCAGUGUUACUGAAUAGCCUCUAUGUUCCUCGUCCAGGUUAACGGUCAACCUCAAUGGCCUCAAGAUGAGAAGAACUUAGUAGACGCAACCUUUGUCCAAAUAUUGUGGUAGACUACCUGCCUGCUAGCCCAAGGUAAGUAUUAG